AUAGUAAAAGUGAGAAAGAACGAACGAACGAGUGGCUUAUAUGAUAUGAAUGCGAUACUGAGUGAUAACGAAAUUGAUAUAAAAACAAACUCAACAAAAAGAGAUAACAUGUCCUCAUCAUCAUUGCUGCUGUUAACAGCAAUCACUAGCAUUAUUAGCAAUGUCUUUCUCUCUCUUUAGCUUUUCUUCCACUCUUACAACAACCACCGCCACACCGCUUCCAAAAUUCAGAUUCAGAGUCUCUUCCGUCAUGGCAUCCACUGUAACCACCACUAAAGUUGCUCCGGCCGUCAUUGUCGGCGGUGGAAGAGUUGGAAAGGCUUUAGAAGGUAUGGGAGAUGGUCAAGACCUUCUUGUCAAACGUGGUGAUUCAAUUCCUCUUGAUUUUGAAGGUCCUAUUUUGGUUUGUACUAGAAAUGAUGAUCUUGAUUCUGUUCUUCAAACCACUCCUCUUUCCAGAUGGAAAGAUUUGGUGUUUUUCCAGAAUGGAAUGUUGGAACCGUGGCUUGAGAGCAAAGGUUUGAAAGAUGGGAACCAAGUCUUGGCAUAUUUCGCAGUGUCAAAACUUGGAGAGUCCCCUAUUGAUGGUAAGACUGAUACCAAUCCUGAAGGAUUGACAGCUGCUUAUGGCAAGUGGUCUUCGGCUGUUUCUGAAAGAUUGCAAGCUGGAGGCCUCUCUUGCAAGGUUUUGGAUAAAGAAGCAUUUCAAAAGCAGAUGUUAGAGAAGCUCAUAUGGAUUUGUUCUGUCAUGCUUGUUGGAGCGCGUCAUGGAGGGGUUUCUGUUGGUGUUGUGGAAAAGGAAUUCCACCUUGAAUUAUGUAGCCUGAUAGCAGAACUAGCAUCAGCAGCAGCUAGUGAAAAGGGGUUAACGUUUGAACAAGCCAUGGAAGACCGUUUGUGUGCGUACUCCCGAGCUGUUGCUCACUUUCCCACGGCAGUUAAGGAGUUCAAAUGGAGGAAUGGUUGGUUUUAUGCUCUUUCUGAGAAGGCUAUUGCCCAAGGCAAGCAGGAUCCAUGUCCUCUGCAUACCAAAUGGCUUAAAGAGUUGAAAAUUGUAUAAGACUUGAAAUUGAACUCUCACGUGUCACUAGGUCACUAGCUUCUAAUAGCUAUAUAUGUGUAGACUUUUAGUGACUAGCUUGAAAGAGUAAAUUAGUUACUUACAGGCUUGUAGAAUUUAUCCACAUGUAGAUAACGAUGUCCAUUUUCAUCAUAUUAGUACUUCAAAACAUUGUAGUACUCGUUCUUUGAAAAAUAAAUAAAAUAAGAUUUGUAUUUUUUUUUU